AUUUGUCCGAUUAUACAGGCAGGUGAGCAUCAUCCUCUGAUAUGCAGAACACCCCGGUGUUCUUUUUCAAACAUUCAAGUUAUUGCCCUAUUGAGAGAUAACUCUACGUAGGACAUUACAGACAGGACCCCCAGUGUCCUUUCGCAUCUCCGAGUCCUUUGACACCCGUGAGAAGAUGCAAAAUGCAUGAUGGUCGUAUUCGUUGCGCUGAUCUUUUUACCCCAGCUUCGCCUUAUAGAGUGGGAUUAUCCCCGCCUCGCCUCGCGGCUCCCCGUAUGCUCCAAGGACCCUGCUUGGAGCCUAAUCACUACCCCCUCUGGGGAUAAUUUUGUACAUCAUUUCCGUCUAGCAUCCAAAUUUGCCCUAAGCUGUUCCUCGAUGACUGCAUGGGUACUCAAAUUUUGUGGACGCUUCUGGAGAAACUGAAUGUAUUAUAUGAAGAGUUUGUAUUCUCGUUCCUGUUCCUCUUGACUAUCUAGAUGUUGCCCCAUUGAACGCGGUAGCACUACGCCACGUUUCGUUCGAUUCGGACCAUACGUGUCGGGUGCAGCUAAUUAUUACUCGAAGGACUUUACCUCCAAGUAACAUGAUUGAACUUUGGAAAGGGUUUUUAUCAUGAAUCCUAAUCUAAUAGUCCCUGG